AUGUCUUUGCGUCCGAAAUUCGCCGCGGCAAAACGUGUCGGCUUCGCCUUAAAGCACGCGAGCUCAUCGAAACCAGAUUCCCGCGACGGAUCCGGGUCGAUUUCGAACAGGGGAGCUGAGCUCUUCGCCCAUGAAGCUAAGAUCCCGGCCAAUUACCGAUCAGGUCGUCACGGGAAUAGCGCUAUUCCUCUCAAUGUGAAGCCAACAAAGCGUCCAUAUCCACGCAAUAAGCCUAUUCAAGAUAGUCUCAUAAGGUCUGCGAGAAAGGCGAAAACGAACUUGUUAGAGCAUGACAAUCCGGUGCCAUCGUCUAAGCGACGGGAGCUGAACUCUCGCGAAGAAGCAGAGUCGGGUGCAACCAAGGCGCGACGGGGCCCGAGAUCGGAGAAAGAUAUCGAAGCGAUGAACCCCAGCGACGGAUCGUCCAAGGAAACCUCGAGAGGCUACAGACGUUCGGCGGUGAAAUCCAUCCUCAAGGUUCACAACAAGGGCUCGAGGUCCCCAGGCUCUAAAGUUCACGGGGUAGUUCCAAUCAUUCGGGAGUGUUCAGCUGAGGCUAAUCUAAGAAAUGAGGUCAGGCAGUUCCUGAACACGCUCCCGACACCUUCGUCGCUUCCAGCGACCGAGAGAAGAAUUUUAUCGGAGCUUUCGGAGCCCGAGAAGCCGAAUUUCUGUAGCAGUUUAAGAAGCUUCUUCACUUUCUUUGAGCACAAGAUCCACGAUGUUCGAUAUGCGGCGGAGUUCUAUGACGUCGAUCUGAGGAGAGUGUGGCUAAACCCGAAGUUUCGGGACGACUUCCGCAUCGGGCCAGGCAGUCUGGUCAUGGAGCGGAAAAUCGGAUCGGGUAGUUUCGGAGUGGUUUACUGCGCUGAGUCCAAGAAGAAAUACGCCAUAAAAUGCGUUCGUAAGAAGGCGACGAAGAUCGAGGAGGGAUUCAAAAUGCAAGAGAAAGAAUUUUACGUUUGGCGUGGAACUGCGGGCCAUCCGAAUAUUGUCUCUCUAUAUGCUGCGUUCGAGACUGCUCGAGCUUACUGCUACGUGAUGGACUACGUCAAAACGGGGAGUCUUCAUCGUGUUCUCCGGAAAACGAGACUUCCAGACGACGUCACUCGGAAAAUCGCGGCACAGCUAGCGCAUGCUUUACAUACAGUCCAUGCCUUGGGAUGCCUCCAUCGUGAUAUCAGCUGCUCGAAUAUUCUCAUCACUCCGUCAUUCGACGUGUUACUAUCCGAUUUCGGCAUAAGUUUUGUGGGCUUGAGCGCGAAGACGAGAUGCGGCUCCUUGGCAUAUAUGGCACCAGAGGUGAUUGCAUGUCGGACAUCGGGGCCCGGUGCGGAUUGGUGGUCGUACGGGAUUGUCUUGUUCACAAUGUUCGAGGGUAUGACACCGCUCAGUUUGUACGUGAAACGUUGGAACAUCGAUCUGAAUCGGUUGUCUAAGCAGAAUAGAUACGAAGUAGCCAAAAAUGCCACCGUGCCCAUCAAUCCUCUGCUCGAAAAGGGCAAGCGCCUGCUCCUGAAAGAUCUCUUCCGGGAGAAUCCCUCGGAGCGACUCGGGGCGCGGAACAAGAUGAACUUUCAGCCUUUCAGGGAGCACGAAUAUUUCCGAGGCAUCGAUUGGACCGAGCUCGACAACGCGCUUUCACGAAUCCUGAAGAAUCGUUCUAAAGUCCCCUUUAUUUGA